GUGCUUUGCUGCUCCUCUCUCUGUUUUCCGUAUCUUUCUCUCUCUUCGCAUCUUUUGUUAGACCUAAAUUCAGCUUCCAAAAUCGUCAUUGGACAAGCUCUAAUUCUUUGCUCUCAGGGAUUUGUGGAGUUGCAAAAUGGCAGGGAGUUCAAGUGAGGAGUCUGGGGUAGGCAGAAUGACAAACGGUCAACAGCUUUCAGGGGAAGCAUUGGCGGAAUGGAGAUCUUCUGAGCAGGUGGAGAAUGGAAUUGCUUCCACAUCACCUCCUUAUUGGGAUACCGAUGAUGAUGAUGAUGAUGAUUGUGGAGCAAAACCUUCUGAGUUAUAUGGGAAGUAUACAUGGAAGAUAGACAAGUUUUCACAGAUUAACAAGAGAGAACUUCGUAGCAAUGCUUUUGAGGUUGGAGGCUACAAAUGGUACAUUUUGAUCUACCCUCAAGGUUGUGAUGUGUGCAAUCACUUAUCUUUAUUUCUUUGUGUUGCCAAUCAUGACAAGCUUCUUCCAGGGUGGAGUCAUUUUGCACAAUUCACAAUAGCUGUUGUGAACAAGGACCCUAAGAAAUCAAAAUAUUCUGACACGUUGCAUCGCUUCUGGAAGAAAGAGCAUGAUUGGGGAUGGAAAAAGUUCAUGGAGUUAUCAAAAGUUUUAGAUGGAUUUGUUGAUGCUGACACCCUUAAAAUAAAAGCUCAAGUUCAAGUUAUCAGGGAGAGAGUGGAUCGCCCUUUCAGAUGCCUUGAUUGUCAGUAUAGGAGAGAACUUGUAAGGGUAUAUUUGUCAAAUGUGGAGCAAAUAUGUCGCCGUUUUGUGGAAGAGAGGAGAGGAAGGCUAGGAAAGUUGAUCAAAGAUAAAGUUAGGUGGUCAAGCUUCUGUACUUUCUGGUUAGGAAUUGACCAAAAUGCAAGGCGCAGAAUGUCAAGGGAGAAGUCAGAUUUGAUACUGAAAGUUGCUGUAAAACAUUUUUUUAUAGAAAAAGAAGUGACAUCUACUUUAGUGAUGGAUUCUUUAUACAGUGGACUAAAAGCCCUUGAAGGUCAAAGUCAAACUAAAAACAAAGCAAAGGGAAAAUGUUUGGAUACAGAACAACUACCACUACCUAUAGUUCGGGUAGAAAAAGACACAUUUAUCCUUGUUGAUGAUGUGUUAUUAUUGCUCGAGAGGGCAGCAUUGGAACCUUUGCCACCUAAAGAUGAAAAAGGCCCUCAAAACCGUACUAAGGAUGGUGGUUCAGGGGAGGAUUUUAGUAAGGAUUCUAUUGAACGUGAUGAAAGGCGUCUUACUGAAUUGGGGCGUAGAACCAUUGAAAUAUUUGUCCUAGCACAUAUUUUUAGCAGUAAAAUAGAAGUUGCAUACCAGGAAGCUGUUGCUUUGAAAAGGCAAGAGGAGCUCAUACGUGAAGAAGAGGAAGCAUGGAUGACUGGAAUUGAACAGAAAGCAAAACGUGAAAAGGAAAAGAAAUCAAAGAAAAAACAGGGGAAACAGAAAAGAAACAACCCGAAACUGAAGGAUAAAAUAAAGGAAGAAAAAGCUAAUACUGUAGUAAUACAAGACAAACCUCAACUAUCAAUUGAUGAAGCAGAAGAUUUGUUAUUGCUUGAAAAAUCAGACAUUUCUGAUGUUUCAGAUUCAGUUGAAUGUGUUCCACUUGUUCUUCAGCCUGAUUCAGAUGAGAGAGAUUCAAGUCAAGUCAACUGGGACACCGACACAUCGGAAGCUCAGCCGCCCACAGAAGCCGCUAGUAGCGGCGGUGCCAGCUGUCUCACCGCCGUGACUACUAGCCCUCCGUCUGUGAUGGACGAUUCUUCAUCCACUUGUUCAACAGAUUCAGUCCCUUCACUUGUCUCGAAUCGAUCUUACAAAGGUCAAAAAAGUCAACCCCCGAAAACCAACCUCCAGAAAACCAUAUCUUCAGUCAAAACACUGAAUACAGUUAAAAAUGUAAUCCCGGUCAACACUAAAAGUGGGACCGGGACUUUAAAACCGGCUGAUAAGCCUGUGGAACCAGUGGUGCCUAUCGUGUCCAGACCAUUGAGUGCACCGCUGGUUCCAGGGUCCGGGUCCAGAUCCGGACCCGGACCCACUCUUCCGGUUGCAGCAGCGGUGCAUGCAGCACCGUUUCUGCCCCGGUCAAUUAGUGCAGCCGGACGGUUAGGUGCUGACGUGUCACCGGCUCAGUCAUACCGGAAUGUUAUGAUGGGUUGUGGUGGUGCUACUGCAACUUCAACUAGUUUCAGUCAAACUAUAAAUCCAUCUAACUUGUAUUCACCGGUUCCUAUGAUGACAUCAUCAUCAUCGUCCGUGUUUUUACAUGAUGGUUUUGAGAUGAUGGAAGAUUCUAGAAUGUUAUCAUUUGGGGGGGGUGAAUGUGAAUGUGAAUGA